AUGAGAUUCUCAAUAGCCUGGGCCGGACCGACGGCAGAAGAGCAACCUGGAAAACGGGAAAGUCGCUUGGCAACAGCGGCUGGCUCCCAGGGCCCCGAGGGCGAGGCCCAUGCCCUCUGCGGGACGGACCAUGACAAGGAGAUCCUGAAGCUGAAAGCGGAGCUGGAGGAAAGCCAGCGCCUGGUGGCCUUGCAGCAGCAGUGUUUCCAGGAGCAACUGAUCGCAGCUGCCAACAGCGAGCUGCCAGCCAACCUGAGGGGCUCUUACUUCCUGGAGGAGCAGCAGCGGCUGCAGGAGGAGCAGGAGGCGUUCCAGCAGCAGAAGCGAGCCUUCGAGGUGGAGCGCUGCAACUUCACGGAAGCCGCCAUCCGCCUGGGCCAUGAGAGGCAGCGGUUUGAGGAGGAACGAGCCCUGUUCUUGAAGCGGCAUUUCCUGGUCACGAUGGCCGGGCUGGAGCCCCCAGACCUCGGGCGGAGGCUGUCGGCCCCGCUUGCUGCCCGAGAACAGGAGUUGCUCCCCAAGCAAGUGAGAUGGAUCCAGCCCACCUACACCCCCUAUCCGAAGGCCAAAACCCCAGCGAUGCUGGUCAGAAGCAGGCACCUCUCCCCCCAUCCUGGCACCCCCAGCACAGCGGAGCUGUUCCGGGUGCUGAAGCUCAUCCCAGAUCGCGGAUCCACGCAGCCCAGCCUGCAGAGUAAUGACCAGAAGGAAAGCCACAAAGACACAGCCUGCCAGACAGAGAGCGAGGACUUCUGGCCCAUGUGUGGUGAUCUUCUGGACCAUUUCUUAGACAGCUCCUUCUAGUCCCUUGCUGCUUUGACCUGGAAGAACCUGAUCUCUGUGCUCCUUGAGCUGAAUGAUGCUUGCUUUGACCUAAGGCCCCUGUUCCCCCCAGUUCCUCAACUGAUGGAAGAACGAGUCGGCUGCUCCAUCUUUAACCACCAGUAGUAACAUUUGUGAAGGGAGGGGUGUUCUCCCCCUCACCAGAAGAGCUAAUCCACCCUGAUAGUCCUGCUGAUUCCUCUGGUCACUCCGUGGAUGAGACCCUCUCCUGCCACAAGCUGGAAAUUCCCCUCAGAGGAAUCCCUGCAAGCUGAUUUUAUCCUCACUGGAGGUCUCAGAUAUAUUUUUACUUUAACUGUCAUGGUUUUAAAUACUGGGCUGUUCCAUGAAAGCUGAUUGAACGCUGCUUGCUCUGUGCAAACUCCCACCCAGCCCGUUUGUGCAGGUUAAAGAGCAAGUCUUGAUGAGCGGGGAAGGGCUUUGCCCUCUCUGUGCUCUUAUCCCCCUCUGCUGGGGUUGCUGUUGUGGGUGCUGGCAGGGGUGCGUGUUUCUUAACUGCUUUUAUAUGUAUUGUAAUAA